CGCGCGGCACGGCGGGAACAUGGCGCGCGGAGCCGGCGCGCGCUCCUAGCUGGCGGGACCGUUAGCUCGAGGCGGACGCGGCCCGGGCCCCGUGGGGAUGGAGCAGUCGCCGCCGCCGGCGCUCGAGCCAACCCCGGGGCCGACUCCGGCGCGGAGCCGGAGGCGGCGGGAGCCGGAGUCGCCGCCGGCGCCGAUUCCUCUCUUUGGUGCUAAGACUAUUGGCCAGAGAAGUCCUGAUGGUCCAGUGCUGAGCAAAGCUGAAUUUGUUGAGAAAGUUCGUCAGAGUAACCAGGCCUGUCAUGAUGGAGAUUUCCACACAGCUAUUGUUUUAUACAAUGAAGCUCUGGCUGUUGACCCUCAGAAUUGCAUCUUAUACAGCAAUAGAUCUGCAGCAUAUAUGAAAAUCCAGCAGUAUGACAAGGCCCUGGACGAUGCAAUCAAAGCUCGGCUUCUCAAUCCCAAAUGGCCUAAGGCAUACUUCCGACAGGGUGUUGCCCUCCAGUACCUCGGACGUCAUGCCGAUGCCCUGGCAGCGUUUGCAUCUGGACUGGCUCAGGACCCCAAGAGUCUCCAGCUUCUGGUGGGGAUGGUAGAAGCUGCCAUGAAAUCUCCCAUGAGAGACUCCCUCGAGCCCACUUAUCAGCAGCUUCAAAAAAUGAAACUGGACAAGAGUCCCUUUGUGGUCGUGUCUGUGGUUGGGCAGGAACUCCUGACAGCUGGCCAUCACGGGGCCUCUGUGGUUGUCUUAGAAGCUGCUCUGAAGAUUGGCACCUGCAGCCUCAAGCUGAGAGGUUCUGUUUUCUCUGCCCUGAGCAGCGCUUACUGGUCUCUUGGAAACACAGAGAAGAGCACUGGAUACAUGCAGCAGGACUUGGAUGUGGCCAAGACCUUAGGUGACCAGACAGGAGAAUGCCGAGCUCAUGGGAAUCUAGGCUCUGCAUUCUUCUCCAAAGGAAAUUACCGGGAGGCUCUCACUAACCACAGGCAUCAGUUGGUGCUCGCCAUGAAACUCAAGGAUCGAGAGGCAGCUUCAUCAGCCCUGAGCAGCCUGGGCCACGUGUACACGGCUAUUGGAGACUACCCCAACGCACUGGCCAGUCACAAACAGUGUGUUCUUCUUGCCAAGCAAUCCAAAGAUGAGCUUUCUGAAGCCCGAGAACUCGGCAACAUGGGAGCUGUGUAUAUUGCCAUGGGUGACUUUGAGAAUGCUGUGCAGUGUCAUGAGCAGCAUCUGAAGAUAGCCAAGGACCUGGGCAACAAACGAGAAGAGGCCCGGGCCUACAGCAACCUGGGCAGUGCCUAUCACUACAGGAGGAACUUUGACAAGGCUAUGUCUUACCACAACUAUGUGCUGGAGCUGGCCCAGGAGUUGAUGGAGAAGGCCAUCGAGAUGCGGGCCUACGCUGGCCUGGGCCAUGCUGCCAGGUGCAUGCAGGAUUUGGAGAGAGCUAAACAGUACCAUGAGCAGCAGCUGGGCAUUGCUGAGGACCUCAAGGACCGGGCUGCAGAAGGACGCGCAUCCUCUAACCUGGGAAUUAUACACCAGAUGAAAGGUGAUUAUGAUACUGCACUGAAACUCCACAAGACCCACCUGUGCAUCGCCCAGGAGCUGAGCGAUUACGCUGCUCAGGGCCGUGCCUACGGGAACAUGGGCAAUGCCUACAAUGCUCUGGGCAUGUACGACCAGGCGGUCAAGUACCACCGGCAGGAGCUGCAGAUCUCUAUGGAAGUGAAUGACCGCGCCUCGCAGGCAUCCACACACGGGAACCUUGCUGUGGCCUACCAGGCCCUGGGUGCCCACGACCGGGCCCUGCAGCACUAUCAGAACCACCUGAACAUUGCCCGGGAGCUGCGUGACAUCCAGAGUGAGGCCCGGGCCCUCAGCAACCUGGGCAACUUCCACUGCUCUCGGGGGGAGUAUGUCCAAGCUGCCCCCUAUUAUGAACAGUACCUCCGGCUUUCUCCAGACCUUCAAGACAUGGAGGGAGAAGGGAAGGUCUGCCACAAUCUUGGCUAUGCCCAUUACUGCCUGGGAAAUUACCAGGAGGCGGUGAAGUACUAUGAGCAGGAUCUGGCACUGGCCAAAGACCUUCAUGACAAACUGAGCCAAGCGAAAGCUUACUGCAACUUGGGCCUAGCAUUCAAGGCUCUAUUGAACUUUAGCAAAGCUGAAGAGUGUCAAAAGUACCUGCUGUCCCUAGCCCAGUCCCUGAAUAAUUCCCAGGCUAAAUUCCGAGCCUUAGGGAACCUGGGCGAUAUAUUCAUCUGUAAAAAAGAUAUAAAUGGUGCAAUAAAAUUCUAUGAGCAGCAGCUGGGCUUAGCUCAUCAUGUAAAGGACAGAAGACUAGAGGCCAGUGCAUAUGCAGCCUUGGGCACUGCAUACCGAAUGAUCCAGAAAUACGACAAGGCCUUGGGUUAUCACACGCAGGAACUGGAGGUAUAUCAGGAGCUGAGCGACUUGCCAGGGGAGUGCAGAGCUCACGGGCACCUGGCUGCUGUCUACAUGGCCCUUGGGAAAUACACAAUGGCAUUCAAAUGUUACGAAGAGCAGCUGGAUCUAGGGCAGAAGCUGAAGGAUCCAAGUCUAGAAGCCCAGGUCUAUGGCAACAUGGGCAUCACAAAGAUGAACAUGAAUGUGAUGGAAGAAGCCAUCGGCUACUUCGAGCAGCAGCUGGCCAUGCUGCAGCAGCUGAGUGGAAACGAGUCUGUGCUCGACAGGGGCCGGGCCUACGGCAACCUGGGGGAUUGCUAUGAGGCCUUGGGUGACUAUGAGGAAGCUAUCAAGUACUAUGAACAAUAUUUAUCUGUUGCCCAGAGUCUGAAUCGCAUGCAAGACCAAGCCAAGGCUUACCGGGGCCUAGGAAACGGACACAGGGCAAUGGGAAGCUUGCAGCAAGCCCUUGUGUGCUUUGAAAAGAGGCUCGUGGUCGCCCAUGAGCUCGGGGAGGCCUUUAAUAAAGCCCAGGCCUAUGGAGAACUGGGAAGUCUGCACAGCCAAUUAGGGAAUUACGAACAAGCCAUUUCCUGCCUUGAACGCCAGCUGAACAUUGCUAGGGAGAUGAAAGACCGAGCUCUGGAAAGUGAUGCGGCCUGUGGCCUGGGGGGCGUCUACCAGCAGAUGGGGGAGUAUGAUACAGCCCUGCAGUACCACCAGCUCGAUCUGCAGAUCGCAGAGGAAACCAACAACCCCACAUGCCAGGGCCGAGCCUAUGGGAACCUGGGCCUGACGUACGAAUCUCUGGGCACCUUCGAGAGGGCUGUGGUCUAUCAAGAGCAGCACUUGAGUAUCGCUGCCCAGAUGAACGACUUGGUGGCCAAGACGGUGUCAUAUAGUAGCCUCGGAAGGACCCAUCAUGCUUUGCAGAACUAUUCCCAGGCGGUCAUGUACUUACAGGAAGGUUUAAGGUUAGCUGAGCAACUGGGCCGAAGAGAAGAUGAAGCCAAAAUUCGCCAUGGUCUUGGCCUCUCCCUUUGGGCGAGUGGGAACCUGGAGGAGGCUCAACACCAGCUCUAUAGGGCAUCGGCCUUGUUUGAAACAAUACGACAUGAGGCGCAGCUGAGCACAGACUACAAACUCUCCCUCUUUGACCUGCAGACGUCAUCCUACCAGGCCUUGCAACGGGUGCUCGUCAGCCUAGGCCAUCAUGACGAAGCCCUGGCUGUGGCAGAAAGAGGACGGACGAGGGCGUUUGCGGAUCUUCUGGUAGAACGACAAACAGGACAACAGGACUCUGACCCCUACUCUCCAGUCACUAUCGAUCAGAUCUUAGAGAUGGUGAACGGCCAGAGAGGACUAGUGCUGUACUAUUCUCUGGCCGCGGGCUACCUGUACAGCUGGCUGCUUGCUCCUGGGGCAGGAAUCCUGAAGUUUCACGAGCACUACCUGGGUGACAACACAAUGGAAAACGCCGGUGACUUCCAGGCCGGCAGCAGUGCAAACCUCCCAAUAGCCACCAGCUCGGCGCUGGAGCAGCACAUCGCCAGUGUGCGGGAGGCGCUGGGCGUGGAGUCUUACUACUCGAGGGCCUGUGCCAGCAGCGAGACCGAGAGCGAAGCCGGAGACCUCAUGGACCAGCAGUUUGAAGAGAUGAACAGUAAGCUCAACUCGGUGACGGACCCCACAGGCUUCCUCCGGAUGGUUCGCCGCAACAACCUCUUUAACAGGAGCUGCCAGAGCAUGACGAGCUUGGCCAGCAACACGAUGUCGCCCGCCAAGGACGGGACCUCCUCUCUCCCCCGGAGGCAGAGCUUCGCCAGGCCCCCGCUCCGCGCUCUGUACGACCUGCUCGUGGCGCCCAUGGAAGGGGGCCUGAUGCACUCCAGCGGCCCCGUGGGCCGGCACCGGCAGCUGGUCCUGGUUCUGGAGGGGGAGCUCUACCUCAUCCCUUUCGCCCUCCUGAAAGGAAGCUCCUCCAACGAGUACCUGUAUGAGCGCUUCACCCUCAUCGCCGUCCCGUCCAUCCGCGCCCUCGGCCCGCAGGCCAAGUCUCACCUGAGGAAAACCCCGCCCACCUACUCCAGCUCCACCUCCAUGGCCGCUGUCAUUGGCAACCCGAAGCUCCCGUCAGCGGUGAUGGACAGGUGGCUGUGGGGGCCGAUGCCAUCAGCCGAAGAGGAAGCCUACAUGGUGUCGGAGCUGCUGGGCUGCCAGCCCCUGGUGGGCAGUGUGGCCACCAAAGAGCGCGUCAUGAGUGCCCUGACCCAGGCUGAGUGUGUCCACUUUGCCACCCACAUUUCUUGGAAACUCUCGGCCUUGGUCCUCACACCCAGUGUGGAUGGCAACCCUGCCAGCAGCAAGAGCUCCUUCGGCCACCCCUACACAAUCCCUGAGUCCCUGCGGGUGCAGGACGACACCAGUGAUGGGGAGAGCAUUUCGGAUUGCCCACCCCUACAGGAGCUGCUGCUCACAGCCGCCGACAUCCUGGACCUGCGCCUUCCGGUGAAGCUGGUGGUCCUCGGCUCCUCGCAGGAGUCCAAUAGCAAAGUCACAGCCGAUGGGGUCAUCGCGCUGACACGGGCCUUCCUGGCUGCGGGUGCACAGUGUGUCCUCGUGUCUCUGUGGCCUGUGCCCGUGGCUGCUUCCAAGAUGUUUCUCCACGCCUUCUACUCGUCCCUGCUGAACAGCCUGAAAGCCAGCGCUGCCCUGGGAGAGGCCAUGAAGGUGGUGCAGAGCAGCAAGGCCUUCUCGCACCCCUCCAACUGGGCAGGGUUCCUGCUCAUCGGGAGUGACGUGAAGCUGAACAGCCCCUCCUCGCUCGUGGGCCAGGCCCUCACGGAGGUCCUGCAGCACCCGGAGCGUGCGCGGGACGCCCUGCGAGUGCUGCUGCACCUGGUGGAGAAGUCCCUGCAGCGCAUUCAGAACGGGCAGCGCAAUGCCAUGUACACAUCCCAGCAGAGUGUAGAGAACAAAGUGGGUGGCAUCCCCGGCUGGCAGGCCCUCCUCACCGCCGUGGGCUUCCGGCUGGACCCCCCAGCCAGUGGCCUGCCAGCAGCCGUCUUCUUCCCAACCUCCGACCCAGGCGACCGGCUGCAGCAAUGCAGCAGCACCAUCCAGUCCCUGCUGGGUCUUCCCAACCCUGCCCUCCAAGCCCUCUGCAAGCUCAUCACUGCCUCGGAGACGGGCGAGCAGCUCAUCAGCCGGGCUGUUAAAAAUAUGGUUGGAAUGCUCCACCAGGUGCUGGUCCAGCUGCAGGCCUGCGAGAAGGAGCAGGACUUCGCUCUGGCUCCCAUCCAAGUCUCCAUCAGUGUCCAGCUGUGGCGGCUCCCGGGCUGUCACGAGUUCCUGGCGGCUCUAGGUUUUGAUCUCUGUGAAGUUGGUCAAGAGGAAGUAAUCCUGAAAACCGGGAAACAAGCCAGUCGAAGAACCAUGCACUUUGCACUCCAGUCCUUGCUCGCCCUUUUCGAUUCGACUGAGCUGCCCAAGCGCCUCAGCCUCGACAGCUCGUCUUCCCUGGAGUCCCUGGCCUCGGCCCAGUCUGUCUCCAAUGCCCUGCCCUUGGGCUACCAGCACCCUCCCUUCUCUCCCACCGGCGCAGAGAGCAUCGCUUCGGACGCCAUCUCUGUGUACAGUUUGAGCUCCAUCGCCUCCUCGAUGAGCUUUGUCUCCAAGCCUGAGGGUGGGUCAGAAGGUGGGGGUCCCCGAGGACGGCAGGACUACGACAGGCCCAAGAAUGCUUACCCACAGCGAUCCACCCUGCCUCGGAGCCAGCUAUCCCCUCAGACCCGCCCUACAGGCAGCAAAGAUGAGGAAGAAUAUGAAGGGUUUUCCAUCAUUAGCACUGAGCCUUUGGCAGCCUACCAAGAAAACAGAAAGACACGCUUCUCACCAGAUUACAAACAGUCCCGAGUAGGGACAACUGGAGGUGUGAAAGUUUCCAUAAGCUCCAAGGGGAGCAUAAGCACUCCAAAUUCUCCAGUUAAAAUGACUCUGAUUCCCAGCCCAAACUCACCCUUCCAAAAGGUUGGAAAACUAGCAAGUUCAGAUACGGGAGAAUCAGACCAGUCUAGCACAGAAACAGAUAGCACUGUGAAAUCCCAAGAAGAAAGCAACCCAAAGCUGGAUCCACAAGAGUUGGCCCAGAAAAUUCUAGAGGAGACACAAAGUCAUCUUAUUGCAGUGGAACGUCUUCAGAGGGGUGGCAGUCAGACCAGCAAGAAUAACAACCCAGAAGAUGGCAUUUCCAUGCCAAAUAACACUGCCGUCUUCAGAGCAUCAGAAACAAGUGCGUUCAGCAGGCCUACGCUCUCCCAUCAGAAGAGUCAGCCAUCACCAAUUACUGUUAAACCAAAGCCCCCAGCCAGAAGCUCAUCCCUGCCCAAGGUGAGUUCAGGAUACAGCAGCCCCACCACCUUGGAGGUGUCCAUCAAAGACAGCCCGAGCCAGCAUAGUGGCCGCCCGUCGCCCGGCUCUGAUUCCCAGACUUCCCUGACUGACCAGCCUCUCUUUAAACUGAAGUAUCCCAGCUCUCCUUACAGUGCCCACAUUUCCAAAUCCCCAAGGAACAUGUCCCCAAACUCAGGCCACCACUCUCCUGCUGGUAGUGCACCGUCCCCAGCUCUCUCCUAUUCCUCAGCUGGUUCUGCUCGCUCGAGUCCAGCUGAUGCUCCCGACAUAGAUAAACUGAAAAUGGCAGCCAUUGACGAAAAGGUGCAGGCUGUGCACAACCUGAAGAUGUUCUGGCAGAGCACACCCCAGCAUUCCACAGGACCCAUGAAAAUAUUCCGGGGGACCCCUGGAACGAUGACUUCCAAAAGAGAUGUCCUCAGCCUGUUAAAUCUGUCACCUCGGCACAACAAGAAGGAGGAGACCGUAGACAAGCUUGAACUCAAGGAGCUGUCUUUGCAACAACACAGAGAAACACCACCAAAACCCCCUCCCAACGGACACUGGCGCAGCGAGACCACCACGUUGAGCACGCUGCCACCACCCGCCGGCCCUCCUGCUGCAGCCCCCACUCGCCCUUUGAGACUUCCUUCUGGCAACGGCUACAAAUUUCUGUCCCCGGGAAGGUUUUUUCCUUCCUCCAAAUGCUAAAGCAUCUUUGUGCCAGGGACUCAGUGCAGCAGCCUGCAGAUGACCUGUUCGCUUGGCCUACUCCCUGUCUGAGUGCAGUCACCCCACAAAGCCACCAGCUAUCUCACAAAGGGUGCACUCCAGGCCAGGGCACCACCACACACACAGAUGGUGGCUUCUCUGGGUCAGGUUCAUCAAAAGCCAGCACUUCUGUGGGAUUGGUACAGGAGGCUCAUGGAAUUUUCUACACACUUCACCAAAUGUUUACCUUUGAACUCUCUGCUUCUCAUCUUUGAUGUGAUUCUUCAACAGGAUUUUUGUAUUAAAAAUGGCCAGGGUUCUGGGGUGGGGAGAGGAAAGGGAGCACAUAUUUUGCUAAGAGGUAUAUAUGCAGUACCUUUUAUACACAGAAAUACAAAUAGAGCUUUUUUAAGGCUUUCAGGUGCUGACUGGGGGUGGGAUAUAUAAAAUCUCUCUAACUUGAAUUCUACAUGAAAAUGUUAUAUUAGCCAAAAACAGAAUAAUGGUUUAAAAAAUGCCAAUGAUUUUAAAUUAAAUUGUAGCAGUUUUGGUCUCAUGAUACUGUAACAUCACAGUAACAAUGCAAUAAUUCACAUCAAAACAGCGCUUCCAUCCUGAACUUGGUUUUGUUGAGCUCUACAAAUAUCCUUGGGGCCCACCGUCAACCAAACUUGAAUUUUCUUAAAAAAUUUAUAUAACUCUUAUCCAGGCAUUUCAGAACUAUGCAAUUGCGAUUUAAAAUGCAAUUUUGUGCUUUUAAAACAUUACUGACUUUUUUGUACGUGGAUGAACAACUUGGUUUUAUUAUCAAUAGUACUUUGCAUUUAUAGCUAUUAUUUUUAAAAGCUCAGAAAGUUUUUUAAAAUGUCAAAUUUUGAAUAGUCAUCAAUAAGUAAUUAUCAAGCUUUGGGGUGGAAAGACUGAAAUUGAUACUCAGUUUCCUUAUAAGCAAAAAAAUAAAAAUAAAAAAAUAAAAAAAUCCUCUAACUAGAUUUAACCAGAAUCUAGCCUUCCAGCUCCUAUUCCCUUUAUUAGCUGCUUAAUUUUAUUAUCUUUUCCCACCUCCAGGCCUCUAAAACCACUUCUAACUCUGUUGCCAGGUUCCCACAAUCCCAGCACCCCAUGUCUGUGAGCUACACAGGGACCCUCAUCUUCGCUGCGACCGGGGCCCCCUGCUCUCCCACAGAAGGCUUUAUGUCCAUAGCCCGAGAAGCAGGGCCUUGGGUAUAUUUACAUCCAAAUACUGCUGAACAGGGAAACACAUCCCUGAAGGUGUUGCCAGCUGGGAAGAGACAAAAUAAUAGUCUAGAGAAGGGUGACAUUAACAUAUCCAAAUAAAGAAAUGCAAUGCUGAAAGUUCUAUCAGUGCUAAGGUUAGCUGGAGAAUGUAAAGAAGCCUCUCAGGUAAUUCUAAAAUGAAAAGCCUUCACCCUCACUGUGAGGAUGUAUCACACAAAGGUGGGCUUGGCCCGGGGCACCCGCAGCACAGGGAGCGAGUGGACGUGAGGGGCCUGGCAUAAGGGUCACAAACAUCAAGACCCACAGGGAGAGAUCUUAACCUUGGGUAGGAUGCCACUCUGUAAACAUGACUGGUCCUGCUCCUCGGUAUACUCUGAAAGAGGAAGGGAUAAUAUUUAUUCAAUUUGUGUUAUUCUCUGCUAUGUCGUAGAGGUUUUUGCAUUUAACCCAACAGCCAUGUCCACAAAAGCAAACAAUAAGGCUGUCCCAGUCUAACCCUGAUCUAAUGCUGGAAGAGAAAUAACUUUAUGUCAAUAGGAAAAAAAUAAGUGGUAAUAAAAGUACUAGUGUAGCAAAUGAAAGCCAAGUUUACAGCACUGUGCAUUAGAUAACAAAAUCAGGUUCUCCAUUAUGAAAACUAAACCUCACAGUAAAUUUCUGAAUCUAUAUGUAGAUAGUUGGGCUGUUCCUUUCUUAGCAAAUCUCAGCCUCUUUCCCAAGUGCCAAGGAGCCCUGGACGGAAGGCCUGGGUCUGUGCUCUGUCCGUGAGGACAAGGCUGCUGCCCAUUUGCCCACCUCUAGCUCAUGCCUCCACCACACCACACCGCUUCCCGAGGUUAUCAGGCCAGCCAGGAGAAUUCGUGGACCCUAACUUGGUUUCAGUCCUACGUACAUUAUUGUUACAGGUUUCAUGUUGAAAAGCCAAAUGGUAUAUGUGUUUUUUGUGUUGUUCUAGAUAUAAGCUACAAUGAGGGAAAGCUGAGAUGGUGAAAUAAUAGGACCAAACAAAAUCACGGUAGAGUCGUUGCUUCUUGAUGUUUACUGUCACUCUUGGUGUUUUCUACAGGAAUAAAAUGGAUGUAAAAUCAGAGUGAAUUUUUCAGGCUAUACUGAAAAAAAAAAAAGGAUGCACUUAAAAAUUGUGAGAUUGGGUAAUUCACAGAUUUCUUUGUACAGAUCAAGAGUUGGCAAACUACAACCCAGAGGCUAAAUCUGGUCAGAGGCCUGGUUUUUUUUACAGCCAUGAGCUAGGAAUAGAUUUUACAUUUUUAAACAGUUAUCUAAAUACCCACAUAACAUUCUUGAUUUUUUCCUCUUGGCCCACAAAGCCUAAAAUAUCUAAAUACCUGGCCUUUUAAGAAAGUUUGCUGAGUCCUGGUAUAGAUAACAGAAAACACAAUCAGAAUAAUGUGUUGUUUCUACAAUCAAGGGGAAUUGUCAGGUUAUAGACAAAAUCGAUUGGCAUUCAUGAGAACUCUGAGGCACAUGGAUAGAAGCGAAUGACUCCUCCAUACAUAGUCUUUGGCUUUUUGCUCCAUCUUGGAAGGAGUCAAUGGAUGUGGGUAAAAUUUACAAAAAUUACUUUUUCUUUUCCAUAUGCAAAUCCCAUUGGAUACAAUUCGAUUUCAGCUCAGGAAACUGGAAUGCCCUGCCCCUACUGUACUCAUCAGAUGCAAAUACACUGAACACAAGCAAUAAAAUCUCCCUUGCCUAGCAGCCUUGGUAUGACCACAAAGCAAGGUAGGAGUAGAUUCUACCUUAAUUCUCACCAGUGAACUACUCAGCUACUUUGCCUUUUAACUAAGUCAAAAUACCAAGACACAAUUAGCUACUAAAAUUUACAUUAGUGUGUAGUAAAAUGAAAAAAUUCUCACCUCCAUCCAUUUGAAAAAAAAUCAUGGUUCGCACUGAUGCUUGCUGGGUCUCAGCAGGAGACCAGUGCUGCACACACUGUCCCUAUCCUGACCUUGUCCCAGUGACUCUCAGUAGGUGAUCAUGGUAGCAAGUCUCAGUAUGGUGCCUGCCUGUCACGCCACUUCCCACCACAAGGGGAACUGUCACUUUGUUAGUUUCACUUAAGGCUGGAAAAAAUACCACCCAAUAAUCUGGUUUGCUUUUAAUAAGUAGGCAGAAAGUGAAAAGUGUAUAAUAUUUCAUCACCUAUUUUGUUGUUUUAUCUAAAAUGAUUGUACAUGUGGUUUGUGAACUGGGCCCUUGUUUGUGCCAGAUCCUUCAAAGAUAUUCCAUGUAAGGAUACAUGUGGUCACCUCUCCCUUCCUCAGACCCCUGCCCCACUUGGCACUCACACCCGUUGUAUGCAGAGGUAGCCAUCUUUGGCCUAUGUGGACAUUUUUGUAAAUUACAGUUUCCAGAUGGCAUUAAACUUUUUAUAUUAUGAAAUUUAUCAUGUAAAAAGAACUUCAUAUUUUUAUUGAGAUUGCUAAGGCACUUGGCCUUCUUUUGUGAUUUCGGUGUCUAUUAAAGCAUGAGUUCCCUCGG